AAGAAGCACAAAGUUUCCUCAUACUAUAUAUCACACUAGGCCAUGAGUGUUGCAGUCAAGGUUUGCGGCCAAGUACCGGCUGAGGAGAAGUGGAUUAAAAUCCCCGAUGUUAGUGGCCACUGCGUGCAAGAGGUCGCAAAGCUUGCGGUGGAACAGUUCAACGUUCAACAUGGACACAGUCUUAAAUACGAAAGCAUUCAUGAAGGAUGGUAUUGUGAACUGGGUCAAAACAACCUAAAGUACCGUCUUCAUAUUAGGGCGAUAGACUUUCUUCAACGCUCUCUCUUGUAUGAGGCACUUGUGUUCGAAGAGAAACCUAAGUUUGAAAGAAUCAGAAAGUUGAUAUCUUUCGUCUAUAUAUUGAAUCCUGGACACUAUGUUGGGCCGGUAGAUCCACCCAAAGUAUUGAAGUGGAUUAAAAUUCCUAAUCUUCGAGUGCCAUUUGUGCAAGAAGUAUCAAAUUUUGCAAUUGAUGAGUACAACAAAAAUGGAUAUGGCAUAAAAUAUGUUGAAAUCUACGACGGUUCGUAUGCGGAGAUGGGUCAAGACAACAUAAAGUUUCACGUUCGUAUUAAGGCGAAAGAUUUGUUUGGACGUUUGUGCAGCUACGAGGCUUUUGUUCUCGUCAAACAUUUGUUGUCUAAGAAAAUCAUGAUUUUCGAAGGUUUUAGGAUUUGUGAUCCAAUAAAGAUUGUGCCCGAGUGGAUUCUAAUACCUGAUUUGAAGGCGCUUGGCUUGCAAGUGGUUCUAAAGUUUAUGCUGGAACAGUUAAAACUUAAAUUUGGAGAUAGGUUGAAAUUUGAUAGCAUUUAUGAAGCUUGGUAUUUUGAGUUGUGCCCAAACAGCCUAAAGUAUCGUUUCCAUGUUAAGAUGGUAGACUUUUUGGGGCGUUCUUUCAAAAUUGAGGUUAUUAUUAUCGAAGAGAGACAUGACUUUCGAAGAAUCUUGAAGCUGGACUCUAUCAGUUUCAUAGUAAUUCCCGGACCUUCGGAGAAGAUGUGGAUAAAAAUUCCUAUUCUUCUAGCACCAUUAGUGCAAGAGUUAGCAAACUUUGCCGUGGAUGAAUAUAAUAAAGGCGGAGAAGGCCUAAAAUUAGUUGAAAUCUACGACGGCUGGUUUAUGGACCUGGGUCAAGAUAACAUAAAGUUUCGUCUUCAUCUUAAGGCGAAAGACUGGUUGGGACGUGUACGCAACUAUGAGGCUGUUGUGCUUGUUGAGGACUUUAUCUCCAAGAGAAUCAAGAUUCUCGAAUCUUUCAAGUUUUUAGGUCCACCGUUGCUUCCACCCCGGUGGAUUCAAAUACCUAAUCUUAAGGAGCCUGGCUUGCAAGUGGUUAUAAAGUUUAUGUUGGAACAGAUCAAAAUUAAAUUUGGAGAUAGUUUGAAAUUUGAUUGCAUUUAUGAAGGUUGGUAUUUUGAGUUGUGCCCAAACAGCCUAAAGUACCGUUUCCAUGUUAAGAUGAUAGACUUUUUGGGGCGUUCUCUCAAAUUUGAGGUUAUUAUUAUCGAAGAGAGACGUGACCGUCUAAGAAUCUUGAAGCUGGUCUCUAUCAUUAUCAUAGUAGCUCCUGAACCUCCAGAGAAGAAGUGGAUAAAAAUUCCUGUUCUUCAGGCGCCAUUAGUGCAAGAGUUAGCAAAGUUUGCCGUUGAUGAAUAUAGUUCACAAGGAGAAGGCCUAAAAUUAGUUGAAAUCUAUGACGGCUGGUUUAUGGACCUGGGUCAAGAUAACAUAAAGUUUCGUCUUCAUCUUAAGGUGAAGGACUGGUUGGGACGUAUACGCAACUAUGAGGUUGUUGUGCUUGUUGAGCAAUUUUUCUCCCAGAGAAUCAAGAUUCUUGAAUCUUUCAAGUUUUUAGGUCCACCGAGUGUACCCAAGUGGAUUCAAAUACCUAAUCUUAAGGAGCCUGGCUUGCAAGUGGUUAUAAAGUUUAUGUUGGAACAGAUCAAAAUUAAAUUUGGAGAUAGUUUGAAAUUUGAUUGCAUUUAUGAAGGUUGGUAUUUUGAGUUGUGCCCAAACAGCCUAAAGUACCUUGAAAUCUAUGACGGCUGGUUUAUGGACCUGGGUCAAGAUAACAUAAAGUUUCGUCUUCAUCUUAAGGCGAAAGAUUGGUUGGGACGCAUCCGCAACUAUGAGGCUGUUGUGCUUGUUGAGCACUUUUUCUCCAAGAGAAUCAAGAUUCUCGAAUCUUUCAAGCUUCUCGGUCCACUGGUUCCAGGCGAGUGGAUUCCAAUACCUAAUCUCAAGGAGCCUGGCUUUCAAGUGGUUAUAAAGUUUAUAGUUGAGCAGCUCAAAAUUAUAUCCGGAGAUUGUUUGAAAUUCGAUAGCAUUUAUGAAGGUUGGUAUUUUGAGCUGUGCCCAAUCAGCCUAAAGUUCCGUUUGCAUAUUAAGGCGAUAGACUUUCUGGGACGUUGUCUCAAUUAUGAAAUUAUUAUUGUCGAAGAGAAACGAAUUUUCAAGAUGGAAUCUAUCAUCGUCAUAUCGUCUCCUGGACACUGCGUUGGGCCUGUGGAUCCACCCAAGGUCGAGAAGUGGAUUAAAAUCUGUAAUCUUCAGUUUUCGUUCGUGCAAGAGGUAUCAAAGUUUGCGUUGGAUGACUUCAACGUUAAAUCUGGAGAUAGCCUCAAAUACGAUGGCAUUUACGAUGGUUGGUAUAUGGAGAUGGGUCAAGACAACAUAAAGUUUCGUAUUCAUUUAAAGGCAAAAGACUGUCUCAGUCGUGUGCACCACUAUGAAGCUCAUGUGUUUGUAAAGAACUUUCUCGGUCAAAGAAUUAAGAUCGUCGAAUCUUUCAAGCUUAUCGAAAGGAAGUGUUAGAAACUCUCCUCUUCGUAUCAUGUAACAUGCGAGGGUUACUAAAAACCGCAUGGCUAUCUAUAAAGAAAUAGUCAUGCGAGAAUGAAAUAAAUCUUUUUUAAGUAUA